AUGGAUGAUGCUAUGCGUCGUAGCAUCUUUGGUUCAUCUGACGAAUCAGAUGAACCAUCGCCGAAGCGAAGGCGCUCGAGGUCGCGAGACUCGGGCGCUAACAGUGGUGUCGGUUCUCUUAUGGACACCACUUCGCAACGAGGUGCCAGUCCUUCUGUCGGCACGUCGCACGAAGAGCGGAACCGCAAUGUGUUGCGUCUCGCUCCCAAGAAGAAGGCAUUGAUGCCUCCCAAAUCCGUCAUGGAUCGCUUGUCGGCGACGACGAGUGAUCGUUAUCGAACACGAUUGUUCGAUUCGUCAAGGAUCCAUCACCUUGACCCCAGCGCGAAAAACUAUCGCGCUGAGAAUGAAUUCUCCAUCGAUGCUUUCUUUAGACAUCGAUGUUUCAGUGGGAAUCACAAGCGUGAUGGUCCCUCACUACUUCAAGCGUGGAACGCCUACAUCCAUAGCCUUGAGGAUGUAGGUCGUGACGUUUGGAACGACAAACUUAUCAAAGCUCGUGAUAAGUUUGAAAAGAGAACCCCGACCGGUGCACGCUACAAGCUGCAUCGUCUGUCAAGGGAGAAACGAUUACCCUGCCUCUCUUGGGGAGACUCGUGCCCAAGUUGUGUGAACAACUCUGCGCGUGCACCUAAGGCUGUCUACCUCCUUACUAGACCGUGGUGGCGCGUACGUAUCUCUAGUGAGAUGUACGAAGGGAUUGACAUCCUGAAAUCCCUUUACGACCGUGCCGGGAAGACUUUCUCCGGCGGUCCUUCUGCGGCACAGGAUGUGCCGCGUCGUACUGCUCAACCAGACCCAGUACGUCAACCAUCAAUUGGGAGCGGGGCUCCCAAGUAUGCCAGGACGGGGGAUAGCCGCGCCACCGAACGAGAUAAUUCGUCCGACGUCCGUUCACGUUGCGGUGGUUCAACAGCUGCUCAACUAGAUAGCGCUGGCCACCGCGAGAGUCCUCUAAUGGAGGUGGAGGUGGAGGGAAGACGCUCUCCACACAAUCGUGGGGAUCCGUGUGUUCCCAAGAGCUUCUUUGAUCGCGUAACGCAAGGGUUACGCGGCGAUCUCGAACAUGAGCGGGACAGGCGUCUUCAACUGGCGGACGCUGUCUUGAAGCAUCGAGCUGAGUUUGCCUUUGCUCGGCUUGAGAACGAGAGAGCUCUGACAUCCUUUCGUGACGAGCUUGGUAGCUCGUGGGACUGUGGAUCGGUCUAG